CUGCUAGUUUAAUUUGUGAAGCUUAAAAAAAUAUGAGAAACAAUGAACUUCCUAAAUGAUUCAUUAAAAACAUUAAAAAAUGUUUUGGAACAAGGUUUAGAGCAAAAAGUGGAUUUUGAAGGAACGUCAUCAGAUAGUGGAGGAGUACCAGCAAAAACUGCUAGCUAUGGGGAUGAAGAAAGCCUUAGAAAACUGUGUCAGCAUCAAUCUGAAGAGAUUGCAGUAUUGAGAAAGCAAAUCUUCGAAUAUCAACAAGCUAAAUUAAAUGAUAUUUCCAUCAAUUCAAAAUCGGUAAGCACAAUCAUGAAUUACAUAGGAACAUCAUCGAGUCAAGUUUUAAAAUUAUCGUGA